UCCAAAGCGCAGCUCGGACCGUAAUUACAUACACACCAGCACAUCGCUCAAUUAAGUCCUGCUCUUUUAUUACAAACUGGACGACAGAACUCACUCUGCAGGUUAUGUUUUAAAGUAGUACUUCAUCUAAGAGCUCGUAUUUCGCAAAGUUUCAGGACAUCUCAGUAAUGGAGGAAGAGGAUGAAUGUCCAGAGUUAGUUCCCAUCAAGGAGAAACAAACCGGACCCACAGUUCAGAUACCAGUCACCAUCAUCACCGGAUACUUGGGUGCUGGAAAGACAACACUUUUGAACUACAUCUUAACAGAGCAGCAUAAUAAACGAAUAGCUGUCAUUCUUAAUGAAUUUGGUGAAGGCAGUGCUCUGGAGAAGUCUUUAGCUGUCAGUCAGGCAGGAGAGCUGUAUGAGGAGUGGCUGGAGCUAAGGAACGGCUGCCUGUGCUGCUCUGUCAAAGACAAUGGUUUAAAAGCUAUUGAAAAUCUAAUGGAGAAGAAAGGAAAGUUUGACUACAUCCUUCUAGAGACGACUGGAUUGGCAGAUCCAGGAGCUGUUGCUUCCAUGUUUUGGGUUGAUGCAGAAUUAGGAAGUGAUGUCUAUCUGGACGGUAUUGUCACAGUUAUAGAUGCUAAAUAUGGGAUGCAGCAUCUAACAGAAGAGAAGCCAGAGGGUCUUAUCAAUGAAGCUGCAAGGCAGAUAGCUCUUGCUGAUCUGACCAUCAUCAAUAAAACUGAUCUAGUGAAUGACAGUGAGCUGGUGGCGCUCAGAGAUACAGUGAGAUCAAUAAAUGGGCUUGUGAAGAUUUUGGAGACACAAAAAUCCAGGGUUGACCUGUCUCAAGUAUUAGAUUUACAUUCAUUUGAUAUCAACGAUGGUGUAAGGUUAGCUGAAAAGCUGCAGCUGGUGAAAACAAGCCAACCACAUCUAGACAAGAGUAUGCUGACUAUAACAUUUGAAGUUCCUGGCAGUGUGUCAGAAGACCUAUUAAAUAUAUUCGUUCAGGAUCUCCUAUGGGAAAAGACAUUUAAGAACAAAGCUGGCUUGCCAAUGGCAGUUAUCCGGUUAAAGGGGAUCCUCUCCAUCCAGCAGAAAGAAAAGAAGGUGAUGUUGCAGGGUGUCCAUGAGCUUUAUGAGCUGGAUGAGACUCCAGAGUCCUGGGCAGAUCAGGAGCCAAGAAGCAACCGACUCGUCUUCAUUGGUCGGAACCUUGAUGGUGAAAUUCUGAAGAAAGAGUUUAUUUCAGCCAUGUCAAAUAAAGUCUGACACCAACAAUCUCCUCUCAUAAGACAUUUGUGAAAUCACUGGAAAAAAACAGCUGUUUCUGUUUGCAACCCACGGUUUUUAAAAAGAGUUUGUACCUGGGUUGCAAAUCCUGCAACAGCUUAAUAGGUGCUUAUCAUGCUCCAUAACGUUUUGAAUAGAAAAAGUGUUCAAAUCGGACACUUAUUUCUCCUAAACUUGUAGAACUUUGUACUAAAAAUCCUUUAAUCAUCUGUACGCCACAUUUCAAACCAGUAAAACUAUUAACUGAAAUGUCUUAAUGUCAUUUAUUUUACGUUUCCGUUUUCUCCAAAUAUGGAUCUGGAAAUGCAUAUCUAUAUAAAGACCUAUAGUCUCUAUUUUAAAAGUAUAUCGCUAUUUAAACAAUUCAGUUGGGUGAUCAAUUGCUAAUCAUUUUACAUGGACCUUUCACAGUGUAAAGUGUAAAAUAGCAGUAACCAGUGAAAUAAAUGUAGUCUUGAGUUA